UAGAAGCGGAAGAAGAAAAAAAAAGAUGCAAUAAAACAAUAAAACCAAGUUGAAAAAUGGCAUCUUCCGCAUCUUUAAAGAUUUUAAGUUGGUUUAUAAUUUUAAGUUUUAAUUAUAUUGCAGCCGAAUUACCAAGUAUAUCUGAAGACGACGAGUCCUACAGUGAUAAUUCUGGAGAUCUAAACCCCAAUUCUUUGGAAAGAUCUCAUAAAACGAGUAACUCACAACAUACCCAGUUAAAAAGUUUUAAGUGCUAUUCGUGUGAUCCACCAGACUGUUCACAUGAAACAAUUUGUCAUAACGCAGUGCAGUGUUGGAAAUCUAGAGUUCGAGAAAGUUCCGGUGUUGAAACUGUAUCAAGGGGCUGCACCACUAAAUCAGAACAAGUGAUUUUCAUGUGCAAGACGCCAUCUUUUACUGCUUAUCAUAAAAGACAGGCGAGUGGAUUAUAUCAAGUAGACUGCUGCGAAGGAAACUUCUGUAAUAACGGAAGCUUUCCAGAACUACCUCCUGUAUAUAAAGAAGCAUACACUCCAUAUUCUGAAUCAUUUAUAUUUGCACUUAAAAUGGUGGCUGCUAUUUUAGGACCGGUAGUUGUUCUUGGUGUAAUUGCAUUGUUAGUUUUAUAUUUCUUGAAGAAAAUUCAUCAAAACAGACUAUUCAUGGAGAGCAGAAUGGACCCAGAACAAUAUUAUGUAACGGAUGAUUUAUUAAGAGCUACAGCUGCUGGAGACAGUACUUUAAGGGAAUAUUUAGAGCAGUCCAUGACUUCUGGUAGUGGAUCGGGAUUGCCUCUGUUAAUUCAAAGGACAAUGGCCAAACAAAUAUCGUUAGUGGAAUGCAUAGGGAAAGGAAGAUACGGCGAAGUAUGGAAAGGGGUGUGGCAUGGGGAGAAUAUCGCUGUAAAAAUAUUCUUUUCUCGAGACGAAGCCAGCUGGAAUAGAGAGACUGAAAUUUAUAGCACAAUCUUAUUACGCCACGAAAAUAUACUUGGAUAUAUUGGUUCGGAUAUGACGUCGCGUAACUCUUGCACUCAGCUGUGGCUUAUCACCCAUUACCACUCCUUGGGAAGUUUGUACGAUUAUUUGAACCAUACGACUCUCAGUCAUCAGCAACUAAUGAAAAUUUGUUUAUCGAUAGCCAAUGGCCUGGUGCAUUUACAUACAGAAAUUUUUGGUACUCAAGGCAAACCAGCUAUCGCACACAGGGAUAUAAAGAGCAAGAAUAUAUUAGUGAAACGAAAUGGAACGUGCUGCAUUGCUGAUUUUGGAUUGGCUGUCACCCAUACGCAGACCACUGAUAAGCUUGAUAUUGGCAAUAAUCCACGUGUUGGCACCAAACGGUAUAUGGCCCCAGAAGUCUUGGACGAAACAAUCCGCAUGGAUUACUUCGAUUCGUUUAGACGUGCAGAUAUUUAUGCCUUUGGUUUAGUUCUAUGGGAAGUAUGUCGUAGAACUGUAAGCAACGGCAUAGCGGAGGAGUGCAAACCUCCGUUUUAUGAUGUAGUGCCCAGCGAUCCUAGUUUCGAUGAUAUGCGAAAGGUUGUUUCCAUCGAUCAGCAAAGGCCGAGUAUGCCAAAUCGUUGGACAAGCGAUCCAGUUCUAAGCGGAAUGGCAAAACUAGUAAAGGAGUGCUGGCAUCAUAAUCCAAACGUGCGAUUGCCUGCGCUUAGAAUUAAGAAAUCUCUUAUUAAAUUAGCUAGCUUAGACAAUAUUGUGAUUUUGGAGGACGUUGAAGUAUGUGUCUGAGAAAUAUAAAUCAUGAUUCAUAAGAUAUUUUUUGUUGGAGGUGUUGUAACAACGAUUUGAAAUACUUGUUGCUACAACAGAAAAUUACUCUAAUGUGGUUAAAUCCACAAUACACCAAAACACUUUAUUUUCUACUUUGGUAUUUUUUUAAAUUAUAUUAAACAUUGUUUUAGUAAUUUGCUGUGUUUAGGUGUAUUGUUGCAAAUUCUGUCACUGGUGUAAUUUUCUAUGAUUAAGUGUACUGUAUGAUAAAGCGAGGGACACAUUUUAAAGUGACAUAGACUGAUUGAGCGUAGGCUAGGUUUAAUAAAUGCUUUAAAAAUGUACUGUAUAGUAUGUCCAAAUAUAUGUAUCUUUUCACAGUAUGGCAGAACACCAAAAUAUGUGUUAUUUUUUCUUGGUAAUUUAUAUUUAAAUUGUUCUUUCAAUAUGAAGAAUGGUUUUUAAAAUAUAAGUAACAUAAUAUUAAUACAUCUUAUACCAUAUGAUC